AUGGAUAAUCCAUUGGGCAACCGAAACUUAUCAAAUACUUACUUAUAACAAUAAAAUUACAAACUCAUCCAACGUCUGGGAAUGGGUGCUUUUGGAGAGAUCUAUCUAGCCUAAAAUAAGCAGAAAGAGGAAUUUGCUAUCAAAUUGGAAAGAACCAAUUGCCAAUAUCCUCAAAUACUAUAUGAAGCCAAAGUUUAUGCAUUCCUUCAUUAAGAUACACAACAACUCGAUAAAGGCAUUCCAAAAGUAUUCGGAGCAGCAACUGAAGGAGAUUACAAUUACUUGGUCAUGGAGCUAUUGGGAUCCUCAAUUGAAGAUUUGUUUGCUUAAUGUCAUCGCAAAUUAUCCAUUAAAACAGUAUGCAUGCUUGCAGAACAAAUGGUGUCAAGACUUGAACUCAUGCAUUCACGAUCCUUCAUACAUCGUGAUGUCAAACCUGACAACUUCCUCAUGGGUAUUGGUAAAAAGCAGUCCAAACUCUAUGUGGUAGACAUGGGUUUGGCCAAAAGAUAUUUAACUAAAGAUGGUCAUAUCCCAUUCAAAGAAAACAAACCACUCACUGGAACUGCUCGUUACGCUAGUAUCAAUACUCAUUUGGGAUAUGAACAAAGUAGAAGAGACGAUCUCGAAGGCUUGGCUUACGUUCUUGUUUAUCUAGCUAAAGGUACUCUACCCUGGAUGAAUCUUGCAUGCAAUAAUAAAAAUGACAAAUACGUCUUAAUCAAAGAAAAGAAAAUUAAAACUACCACCGAACAACUCUGCUCAGGAUUACCUGAAGAAAUGACUUAGUACUUAAAUUAUGUUAAGAAAUUAAAGUUCGAAGAAAAACCAGAUUAUAAUUAUUUGAGGAAUCUCUUCAAAUAAGCACUACAAAGAUAGAACCUUUAGUUGGAUUACAUUUACGAUUGGACAAAACCAGAAAAAAAACGAUAAGAAAAUGAUCAAGUAGAUGCUAUUCGAAAAGUUAAAGAAGAAAUUGCCAAUAAAGAAUAGGAUCCUAAAAUCAAACAAAUCCCUUAAUAACCAUAACAAAAUCCUGCCAAAGCUUAAUCCAUUAUAGCACCCAAACCUCUACCCAUCAAUUCUCCAAAAGGCAAUCAAAAAAUACAACAAUAAUAAAUUCGCCCUCAAUCAGCUCAAAAACCCGUAGUCCCUAAAAGACCCCAACUGCCAACUCAACAAGGCAAAAAACCACCCGUUGAACCUAGAGUCGCGGCACCAAGAAUUGUAAUUAAUAAAGAGCCUUACACUAAAUAUUGA